GGUGGGAGCAACAAGAAAGAACAGUUUUGCUUUGAACUGAGUGAUUCUUAUCGAGAGUCAUAGUCCAGCUGUGGGUGAUCCUGAGCGGCAGGGAGUCACGGGCACUUUUGAGAGUGCGUUUCGUUUAGACGGAGAGUGGCUGGGAAAUGCAGCACUGACACUUGUUUCCAAUGCCUUCCCUGAGCUCCCUCCAGCCAGGAGGGACUUGACAGCUCCGAGACCCACUGAAGACGGGAGAAGCAGUAGAGACGGAAAGCGGAGAGAGUCACCUGAAGGGAAUUAGGGAGAGCGGCCUGAUGCUGUUUUAACAAGGAUGCUGAGAGGUAUCGGCGGGCCGAGGCAUUUACUGAAGACCUGGAAGUGAAGCGGUUCCCCUUCAGCUUUUAUUUGAGGGGGUUAAACGGGCCCUCAAACUCUUCAAGUGAUAGGUGUAUGUGAGGGGUGAUGUGAGAUUUGUUGAUGGCUUUGUUAAGGGGGCGGGAAUCACAAAGGAGAAAGUGCAGCUUUGUUACACUGGAAGCAGCGAGUGCUUUUCUGUCUCUCCGUUCUGGAGCUCGACGGUAGGAGGGAAAGUGAAAUUCCGGCAGCACGCCCGAGCGUGACUGGGCUCUGAAUCUACUUGUUGCAGCAGAGCAAAAGUUUCCUUUCAAAUUCCCUCAGAGAAAAAAAAACAUUUGGCUCAGGCAGAAAGGGGGAAAGGGAGCCAAGUGCGCAAACUGGAAGCCGUGGCUCCCGGGACGCUGGGAGCGCAGAGUGGCGAAGGAUGGCACGGCGGGCAGCUCGCUGAGGUGUGUUCCAGGGGCACUGCCACACUAGAGUCGCCUCCGGAGAGCUGAGAUGACUGCCAGCAGAUGCUGAAGAAGCUACUUGCUUGUGGUAUUCAUUUCCAGGACCCUCAAGGAAGGAGAGACAUGGGUCAGACAAGUUCCUGCACUCAAACAGAGCUCCUGGGCUCCACAAAGAGGCUGAAUGUUAAUUACCAAGAUUCGGAUGGGUUCUCAGCCUUGCACCAUGCUGCACUUAGUGGGAGCACGGAACUCAUUUCACUGCUGCUGGAAGCUCAGGCAAUGGUGGACAUCAAAGACAGCAAUGGAAUGCGACCGUUGCACUACGCAGCAUGGCAGGGGAAGGUGGACCCCGUGAAGCUUCUUCUUCGUGCAGGAGCUGCGGUGAACCUGUGCUCGCAGGAUGGGCAGAUCCCAUUGCACCUCGCAGCCCAAUAUGGUCACUACGAAGUGUCCGAGAUGCUCCUGCAACACCAGUCGAAUCCCUGCAUUAUAAAUAAGGCAAAGAAGACACCACUGGACCUGGCCUGUGAGUUUGGCAGACUGAAGGUCGCCCAGCUCCUGCUGAACAGUAACAUGUGUGUCGCCUUGCUGGAGGGUCAGUCCAAAGACAGUGCCGAUGCCAACUUCACCACGCCACUGCAUCUGGCUGCAAAGAAUGGGCACAAGGACAUUAUCAAGUUGCUGAUCAAGGCUGGGAUCGAUGCCAACAGGGUGGCUAAAACAGGGACAGCAUUGCAUGAAGCAGCACUGUGUGGCAAGACUGAAGUGGUCCGACUGCUGCUCGAUGCGGGCAUUGACGUCAGCAUCAGGAACACCUACAGCCAGACAGCCCUGGACAUUGUCAACCAGUUCACCACCUCGCAGGCAAGCAAAGAGAUCAAGCACCUACUGAGAGAGGCCUCGGGAGUUCUCCAGGUCCGAGCCCUGAAGGAUUGUUGGAAUAUUCACGACCUCACCUCGCUCAACAUCAGGGCAGGCGAUAUUAUCACGGUUCUUGAGCAGCACGCUGAUGGGCGCUGGAAGGGGCACAUUCACGACAUCCAGAAGGGGACGGACUGCGUCGGCUAUUUCCCCCCAUCCAUUGUUGAGGUGAUCAGCAAGCGAUCAGGCACCCUGACUCGUCAUGCCUCAGUGCCUCCUCACCAGCGCCAGCUCUUCCCCAAGACACACCAGCACAGCUCGAUCACCUCACAAACCGACGAGACGCAGCAGCUCUACCAGCAGAUGUACUCGCAGACUCUGCCCACCCAUCGCACCUUCAAAUACCCGGCCUUCAGUCGGACCAGUCACAACAACGACAACAGCAAGGUGUCUGAAGGUGACAGGAAUAGCGUGGGCAGCACAGGGAGUGCGGGCAGUAUUCGCAGUGCCGGCAGUGGGCAAAGCACUGACAGUGCCAAUGGACAGACUGCCAGCAACAACGGGGAGAAUGGCAAGGCAGCGCCCCCUGAUGGACAUCCGGAGGCCUACAUCAGUAUAGAAGGUCCCAGCGAACAGGUCGACCAGUCUGCAGGAAUGCAGAGACUGCCAGACUUCCCCAGCUACAAAUCUGGAGAACAAGGAUACACGCAACAGUUCAUUCACCCCGACCAACUCCUGGAGGGCAAGGACGCUGAAGCUAUCUUUAAUUGGCUGAGUGAAUUCCAGCUUCAGCACUACACGGCCAACUUCAUCAACGCUGGUUACGACGUGCCAACCAUUAGCCGCAUGACCCCGGAGGACCUGACAGCGAUUGGGGUGACGAAACCUGGUCACAGAAAGAAGAUUUCGACGGAGAUUGGCAAGCUGAGUAUUCCGGAGUGGCUUCCUGACUACAAACCAGUGGGUUUGUUUGAGUGGCUGAGUGCCAUCGGCUUGCCUCAGUACCACAAGAAACUGGUGGAUAACGGCUACGACAGCAUCACCUUCAUCAGUGAGAUCACCUGGGAGGAUCUGCAAGAGAUUGGAAUCACACAGCUGGGGCACCAGAAGAAGGUGAUGAUCGCAGUGAAGAAGCUCCUGGAUGUACAGAAGGCUUUAAAUCAAGCAGAGGCGGAGGCCAAGACAGAGACACUGCGGCGCAAGGUUCCCAGCGCACUGGAGAUUGUCACCAUUGAGCCCUCUCAGGGGGAGAAUGGGGAGUGCAAUUCUCCACACACUCCCAAGAUGCUGACCUUCCAGGAUAGUGAGCUGAGCUUCGAGUUGCAGUCAGCCAUGUCCAACCCUUGUUACAACUGCCAGGAGAGCCUUGUUAUGAAGCAGAUCGGAGCCAUCUCCCGGAGUCAGGAGAGCAUCGGCAUCCGAUCCCGAGGAUCUGGCCAUUCCCAGGAGAACGUUCUCAGGGGGACCAGGUCAGACAGCAAGUCUCAGGAGAGCCUGGGCAGCGGGGACGGCAGCAGCAGCAGUGGCAGCAGUGGGAGGACCACCUUCCUUGGCCACUCUCGGGACACCACGCCUAUUCAGCUUGUCAGUCGAAGCCAGGAUAACGGCUGGGCUUUGGUGAAAAGCAUUGGAGGCAGCCCGAACAAGGAAAGGAAUGGGCCAGACGGGCGAGACCACUACCAGAGGCCUGCCCCACAGCUGGGGGUGCCCACGUCAAACACAGUGAAGAUACUGCAGGCACAGUACCCACUGCCUUCAUCGCCGAACUUCACCCCACCCCAUACUCCAAAUAAAGGGAAGGCAGGCCAGGGCCUGGUCUAUCCUCAGCUUCCCAUCAAAGGUAGACCUGCUGCCUUCUCCUCCACGCUGGAACGUCCCAAGGCCUCACCUCAGAAUAUCUCAAGGUCCCAGCACUUGUCUCAAAUGCCAAAACCCACAGCCCAGGUGUUGGUCAACCAGGGUUUUAUCUACCUGCAGGCCCAGUGUGGUGUCACCAACGGAGACGGGCCUGAGGAUGGGCCACACCCUGACCCCCUGCCAUUGCCCUGCACCAUGCCCAUUCUCCAGUAUCCCAGCCCGGGCUUGGAGCUCAAUGGCAGCAGCCACAAGCCAAAGAAGAGGUCGCAGAGCCUGAACCGUUACGCUAUGUCGGACGGUGAGCCCGAGGAGGAGGAGGAGCUGGACGUUGGGCCCGUCAGCUCCUAUGCCACCCUCACCCGGCGCCCGGGGCGCUACGCGGCCUCCAAAGCCCAGUGCCUAAUAGACAAAAACAUCAUCCGCAGCCAGUCGCUCGCCAUCCGAGGGAAGAGAAAGGGACCUCCGCCCCCUCCCCCCAAGCGCCUGAGCUCCGUGUCCAGCUCCCACGAGCAGGAGUUUGAGCCUGACAAGGUCUCCAACCCAACAUUUGCCCCCUGCAACGCUCCCGACCUGGUCGAAGGGUUGCCCGUUCAACGGGAUCUUAUUGAGGGCAACGUGAGGAGCAUUGCUGCCCUCUUGGAACUGACUGGCUCUCCUGGAGUCCAGGCCAAACCCUCGGCCUUGCCAAAACCUUCCAAACCAGGGAAAAGGGAGAUUCCGGAAGUGAGGAAGGAGAGCCAGCGGACUCUUCCCAACAGUCCUGAGCAUUGCCAUGGCAUGUCCGUGUCAAGCAAGGCCAACCCUGGGCCGUUGGAAAAAGCCAGAGAUUCAGCUGGCCGGUGGCGAACAAUCAGCGAACCUGCGGUCAGCGUGGAGGCCCUGGCGGUGGCCGGAGCUACGGUGGAGGGCGAGGAGGCGAAGUUGGAUACCGAGGACGAGCCUAAAGUCGGGAAAGGGAACCUCGAGGCCUCCUCAUCGUCUCAGAACAGCUCCAGCGAGUGUAUACCUUUUGCCGAGGAGGGAAUAUUGACCAUCAAGCAGCGGCCAAAGCCAAACAAUGGCAGCCGAGCGGAGGCCAGUGCGGAUUCUGAGGCUGGCGUGGAGGGAGUGCAGGAUAAGCCAGGCUUUGAUGACCAGUUGGCGAAUGAGGUGACCAGCACAUCUCCCAGGCAACCGGAGGUUCCCGAGUUUAACCUGACAGAGUCCGACACGGUGAAACGGCGGCCGAAGGCCAAAGAGAAGGAGACGGCAGAGGGUGUGAACGGAGCGGAGCAGCUAUCGCCGCUGCAUUGCGGACCUCGAUACGCAGAGGCCCAGGCCGUGCACAUUGUGGACUCCGGCCCGCACCUCAAGACUGACUUGGACGAUGACGCCUGUGUGGAGUUCAGGAUCGCUGAGAUUGAGAGGAGCAUCCAGUCCUUGGAGAAGGGAACCAAGCAGACGCUCAGACCCCCACUGUCUCCCAAACCAGCCCUCCCCUACCUCCAGCAAACACCACCCAAACAGACCGGCUCGGUGCCUGCUUCCAGCAGGCAUUCCCCAAACAGGAGGCCGGCUACAGAAGCCUGCCACAAGCAGUCUCCUCUGCCCAGUCUGCCCACCCCCCCGAAGCCUGCCCCAGCCCGAGGCCUGCAACUCAGCAGUCCCAGAGCCAGCAGGUCUCCGCAGGUCAGCAGUCCGGGCCCCGCCACACCAAGGCUCCCAUCCCAUGCCCAGCUACCGGGCCUAGGGGGUGCCUCUGGGCCCACAGCCUCGGCCGCUGGCAUGAGCAGGCUGACGGCGGGCAUGGUGGUCCCACAGGCGGCACGUGCUCACCAGCGACUGGAGCAGACCAGCAGUUGCCUGGAGGCGGCACUCCAUGCUGUGGAGCAGAAACUGACUCAAGAAGAUAGUGGCAGUGCAAGCUCCAAUUCCACGAAGUCUGCCGGCAACAUCCUGGAUGACAUCGGAAGCAUGUUUGAUGACCUCGCUGAUCAACUGGACGCUAUGUUAGACUGACCAGAGUGCUUCUGCAAGCUGUCACUUUCCUUUCCACAGUGAGGCCAUCGGUCCCAGCAGAGAAUUCUGCACUGCCGCAGGCUGGAUGUGCCCAGGGAACAUCGUCUGGGAAGCCCAUGUUAGAGGCAGGAAUGGACACUGAUAGACUUAUGCUGCAUUUGAUUCCCAGGGCUUGGUUUGAGGGUGAACCUCCCCAAAGGUUGGCUUCAGGCUGAAUUCCCUGCAGUUGCUAUCAUGGCAAAAUACUGGCAGCUUUUAACCAAGUACAAUGAACACUAACCAUGGGCAUCAGAAGACACUGCAUUUUAUUCCUUUUAUUUUUAUAAAACGUGUAUAGAUAUUUCCCACACUGUCGGCUUCAACUGACCCUGCAAUGAGCACUUAAAUGAGUUAAAGCACAAUAUGUCGACCUGGCUCGGCUGACAGAAGAGAAGGUUCCAGAUCUGGACAAAGAUCUACAAACUACUGUCGUUGGAGUUUCAUAAUUGCACUCAAUGUAAAAAGACCCGUUGAUUAGAAUCAGUUAAUCUCUGAGUGCUGAGUUUCACAGGCAGUCACAAGCUCCUUAGAUAAAAACCCUUCCCGAAAUGUUUCCAUCAGUCUGAAGAAUGGCCUGACCUGAAACAUUGUCUGUCCAUUCCUUCCACAAACUCUGCCAGUCUCGUUGAGUUCCUCCAGCACUUUGAUUCCAGCAUCUGUAGUUUAUGUCUGCAAGCUUCAAAUAUGACUGGUGGUCCACUCACAAGGCAGCACUUACAAAGAGGACACUACCUGUAUCACCACCCAAGCUUAACACUAUAAUGUCUAAUCUUAAAAACGCAAGGAUGUUUAUUGUUUCCAGGUGCGCAAAAGACAAAUGUAGGUCAUUAUAAUUCCUAUCAUUAUUCAGGCAAAAGGUAAAGCUGCAGAACUCUGAGCAGCUCAUCUGAAAGUUGGUGCCAACCAAAUGUGCCAACAGGAUUUCAGGUCCCACACAGUGCAGUGCCUUGAGGGUUUACUUCACUACACUCUUGGUGCUAUAUAAAUGCAAGCUGCUGUAGUUCCCACAGACUGCAGAGGCAACCACGUUGGGGCUGAACCUUACGAUCGAAUUCCGUGCAGUUUGGGAAUCGUGCAGAAUAGCGACCAAUUCCUCGUGGGUGAAGCCUUCUGCGCAUCAGUAUCCAAGUGGGAACUUGGCUUUAAAUGAUUUCCCAGCGUGUGUACUCAACCAAAUCCCCCAACAUUCCACUUUGGCAUUGUUUAGUUUAGUUUACUUGUAGCCACGUUGCACGGAAAUGACGUGAAAUGCUUGUUCUGCAUGCUAUCCAUUCAGAUCAUACCAUCCACGAGUACAAUAGAUCCUCUUCAGGUACAGCACGCAGAGAGUCUCCACGUUCCAGCGCCAUCUUGCAACGGCCAAGUCUCGGGAUAGUCCCACGAUCUUGGCCCGAGCACAUAACCAUAUAACCAUAUAACAAUUACAGCACGGAAACAGGCCAUCUCGACCCUUCUAGUCCAUGCCGAACACAUAAUCUCCCCUAGUCCCAUAUAUCCGCGCUCAGACCAUAACCCUCCAUUCCCUUCCCAUCCAUAUAACUAUCCAAUUUAAUUUGGUGUUGCAACAUGAUUUAUUGCAACACCAAAUAGGAUUAAAUCAAUAAUUUAUUUUGAACAUUCCUGUUCAGGUUUGUUUCUCUCUAGUUUACAUUUGCAGAGGUUUGGCAUUUGCUGUGUAAACACACAGGUCAUUGUUUCUUUCUGUGAUUGGGCUGUGAUUGGCAAUGACGUUUGCUGGGCAAUAAAUUUUUCUCAUCCUUUCGAACUUUUCAUUCUUUGUUCUCGAAAACCUUAGAACAUUCUGCUGCUGCAAGAUCCACGACACCAUUGUCCUCGCCAAAUAGUUUUGCUGGUUCGAGUGACUGCAGGCAUUAAUGCAGAUUUCCUCCACAGCCUGGUGUGCUUUCCUGAAAUAGCUAUAUGCUCACCUCCCAGAUUCACUCAGGUGUUCUCCUCACACAACCCCUUUUUAUCCUUCCCUUUAUAAUGCCUGAGAGAAUGGCACUGAUCUGUACCUCCAGGGUCUCUCGCUGAUAGAGUGAAUCAUUGCCAGUGAAACAUGGUCAAGUAUAUGUCACGGGUUUGAUAGUCUGGUCCGAGUAGCCCUGAUAUUGUUACUUCUUCCCCUGAACUGUAAGAUGCCGUUAAUUCCCCUAGAAAGGAGCAUUUCUUAUGAAUACUUCAUUCACAGUUCAGUAAGUCAGAAAAGAAUCAUGAAAAUUAUUGCAAUGUAAAAACAAAAUAUUUUUCUAAAACAGCACAGUGGCAGAAGGCAAGAUAUUUAAACCGAGGUCAGUAUUUCACAAACAGGUUCUGGUUAUUGGUCCAAAUCUAAUUUGGUUACAGAAUCCCAGUGCAUGCCCUGUAAUUACCACAGCUCUUUUUUACAGCAUUUUGUGUGCCUUUCCUGGCAUGUCAGUACAUAUGUGAAAAUGUGUGUGCGCGCGUGCAUGUUUUUUUAAUUUGUUAACACAAAAAUUGCAGGCUGCCGUGUAAAGCAUAUCAGUACAAACCUAGUGUGUGCAUUUUACUGAUUUCUGGUGGCCUUGGAUGCCUGAAAGGAGCAGAGUCAGGAGCUCUGACCUUUCACAACUGGGUUUUACUGAAACUGACCUCUUUGCUUUAGGGAAGGAGGAAGGAAUGAAGCAUCUGUACAGUUGGCACUCCUGUAUGAAUGACUCAGUGGCACCUCCACAUAUGCGUAAGGGCCUUCCACUGUCAUUGGGAAUUGCAUUGAGAAUCCCAGGCUCUGGUAUAACCACAAUCCCAGGCCAUCAUCAGUUCCAUGCGUCAAUACCAAAUGAUGAAAGGCUCAGCUUUAAUAUGGAAGGUGAAACUAUUUCCACUGGUGUGUGGUUCAUAACCCCAGGGCACACAUUUUACAUGAGGAAAGACAGCAUUGUAGUUCUGCAUACCUCGUUGACUUCUACCAAAAGCGGCAAGAAAUGUCAAGCCGUUUUUUCCCAGUGCAGCUGAAUCGAGCUGUUACAGCAGAUUACUCCAGCAUUGCCAUCGAUCACUGUUUGACACAAGCCCUGGCAGAGUACGUGAUCCUUGGUGUAGGAAGAGUUACUUAUCUCUCGAGGGUUCUUGACAUUUUGUUUGUUAUAUAUUUGUGCUUCGCCUGAAAUAUUUCCAGGGCAAGCCAUUGCCACGGACACCCAAGACAUUCCUGUAAGACUUGCAAUUUGUGGCAUCAUUAGGAAGGGCAAUUUUCACCCAUGAGUAUUGAAAUGAGAAACAACAAUAACAAGAGCAAAGCAAUGCCCUGUGUUGUGCACCUACCCCAGUUGUUGAAAGUAAUGACCAUUCAUUACUACUGGAGAGUUAGACUGAAUUUCAUUGCCUGCCAGAGUAAACAGCAGAGAUCUGUGAGACCAAAGAUUACAAUAAGGUGCAGAAGCAGUCUGCCUUCAGAAAUCAGAUGCAUGGGACUGCAUUAUUUCCACUGCCUGUUAAUUAGUUGUAGGAGCUGUCACAGUCGGCAUUAAGUUUGAUGGUCUGGGUGGAAAGGGAGCGGUUGGGGGAGAACUUCCAAAUGGAGCAGUUUUGUGUGACUGAAUAUUUGUGCGUUGGUUAGCCCUACCAAACUCAGCUGCUCUCCGACCUCCACACAGUUCUGAUCCAACUCAGGGCCUCUAGUAGCUGAGUGGUAGAAUCUGGUGGGGUGAUUGAUGGAGAUGGGAAGAGAAUGAGAUUGGUGUAAAUGGAGCGUUGACGGUUGGCACAGUGAGGCACAGGGCUUAUUUCUGUAUCGCAUACUUCCGGGGAUCUAAGACACGAUCAGAUUAAUUCCCAGAUUAUUUAACCCACUUCAUCUACUACUACAGAAAAUAAAAUGGAGGACAUGCUUAGGAAUGUUCCGGAGAGAUAUGGGCCAAACACAGCCACAUGGGCCCUGCUUAGACAGGGGCAUUUUAGUCAGUUUGGACUUUGGGCCAAAUGACCUAUUUCUGUGCUGUAUUACUAUAUUUGGAUCCAAGUAUUUUACACUCUGCACCAGUAAACCUGCCUUUGAUACAUCACAUACAAGAUUUCCAUAGCUGUGAGUGAGAUGUCUAGCAGAAACUAGCAUGCAGUCCACUCCAAUACAAUUGACCAUUGUGGAGGGCACAUCAGUGUUUGGUUUCCCAGCAACUAUUGGGUGAAACAUCAAUCCAACCACACCCAGCUAUCCAUCAUACCCAUGGAACACUUCACAGCAUAAAUGUAUGAGUUUGAUGUUUGGCAUUUACUCGACUCAAACUAAAUGAAUAAUGAGUCAGUAGGUGUAACAGGCUCGACGCUCACAGAGAAGUGAUCUGAUAUACUUUAAACGGACAAUUAUAAAGUGGCUUUAGCGACCCUGGUCAUUGUGAUGCAGGGCAAUGCAAUGACUGGAUUAGCACAGCGGCAUUCCACAAAGCGGAUGGAGAUGGUCCCGGUUACAUGAGCAUGUGUGCUUAGAUGAGGCGGUUGUUUGGACUCUGGCCUCAUGAGAUAUGCCAGCCUGGCUCAACCUCCAGUGCAGCGAGGGCAUAGAGUUGCCUAGCACACAGCCACCAUUCCCUGGCACUCUUAUUCCUAUAGGUUCCUGCUUGCAAAUAAACAGCAGAUUCCAUAGCAUUGUCGUGAUCGAUGGCCUGCCCGCAGUGGUGAUCAGUGUACAUCACACCCUGAUUCAAGCACAAUUCUGCCUGCUGUGGUAGUAGUGCAAGUUUAUUAUGUAAAUACCUAUCUGCUCCUACCUUACAGAAUAAUAUAUAUUUUUUAAAAAUAUUUUCUUCUCUUCCUAUAAAUGUACCAAAUGUCCUAGACAAAAUCUACAGGAGACGGAUUGAAAGUUGGUUGGGCGGACAGGGAUACUACACUGGAUUUAUUAAGAAUUCUUAACUGCUGUAAGAUUAAUUAGUGCACAGUAUUAUGGAAACAGUUAAUUAUAACAAAUGGAGAAAGGCACAAUGUAACAAUGAAAAUUCUAUUUUGAGCUCUGUAAAAGUUUGAUCUAUGUAAAGUACAACUUACUGACUUGUAUUAUUGUAGCAAAUGUGUAUACUGUGUAUUCUGAAAUUUCUAACAUUGUGUGAUCAAGAAUUUCAAUUUUUACCUGCUUAACUGCAAAAACACAA